AUGUGGAGAACGGGGUGGGUUGGUGGAGCCGAAUUGAGAAAGGAACGUAACGAGAGCAUCAAAUGGCAUCAUCGCGGUCAUCGCAAGGCUUGGAGAGGGCAGGAGGUCCCGGAUUAUGUGGAGAACGGGGUGGGUUGGUGGAGCCUAAUUGAGAAAGGAACGAGAGCAUCAAAUGGCAUCAUCGCGAAUAUUCACAGAGUUGCAGGGGGAGCCACACUGAGCGAGAGAAGCAGGGAUUCCAACUUUGGGAAGACAGUUAAUCUAUUGCUCGAGGCAUGGGCCAGCUGCGGAUAUUUUGGCAAGUGA